CCGGGCCCCGAUGGACUGAAUGAAGGCUGCCUACACCGCCUAUCGAUGCCUCACCAAAGACCUAGAAGGCUGCGCCAUGAACCCCGAGCUGACAAUGGAAAGUCUGGGCACUUUGCACGGGCCGGCCGGCGGCGGCAGCGGCGGGGGCGGUGGCGGGGGCGGCGGGGGCGGCGGCGGGGGCCCAGGCCAUGAGCAGGAGCUGCUGGCCAGCCCGAGCCCCCACCACGCGGGCCGCGGCGCCGCUGGUUCGCUGCGGGGCCCGCCGCCGCCCUCGGCGCACCAGGAGCUGGGCACGGCGGCGGCGGCGGCGGCGGCGGCCGCGUCGCGCUCGGCCAUGGUCACCAGCAUGGCCUCGAUCCUGGACGGCGGCGACUACCGGCCCGAGCUCUCCAUCCCGCUGCACCACGCCAUGAGCAUGUCCUGCGACUCGUCCCCGCCCGGCAUGGGCAUGAGCAACACCUACACCACGCUGACGCCGUUGCAGCCGCUGCCACCCAUCUCCACAGUGUCCGACAAGUUCCACCACCCGCACCCGCACCACCACCCGCACCACCACCACCACCACCACCACCAGCGCCUGUCGGGCAACGUCAGCGGCAGCUUCACCCUCAUGCGCGACGAGCGCGGGCUGCCGGCCAUGAACAACCUCUACAGCCCCUACAAGGAGAUGUCGGGCAUGAGCCAGAGCCUGUCCCCGCUGGCCGCCACGCCGCUGGGCAAUGGGCUGGGCGGCCUCCACAACGCGCAGCAGAGCCUGCCCAACUACGGGCCUCCGGGCCACGACAAGAUGCUCAGCCCCAACUUCGAGGCGCACCACACUGCCAUGCUGGGCCGCGGCGAGCAGCACCUGUCCCGGGGCCUGGGCACUCCGCCCGCGGCUAUGAUGUCCCACCUCAACGGCCUGCACCACCCGAGCCACGCUCAGUCCCAUGGGCCCGUGCUGGCGCCCAGCCGCGAACGGCCGCCCUCGUCCUCGUCGGGCUCGCAGGUGGCCACGUCGGGCCAACUGGAGGAGAUCAACACCAAGGAGGUGGCCCAGCGCAUCACGGCCGAGCUCAAGCGCUACAGCAUCCCGCAGGCCAUCUUCGCGCAGAGGGUGCUGUGCCGCUCUCAGGGGACGCUCUCCGACCUGCUCCGGAACCCCAAACCGUGGAGUAAACUCAAAUCUGGCAGGGAGACCUUCCGCAGAAUGUGGAAGUGGCUGCAGGAGCCCGAGUUCCAGCGCAUGUCCGCCUUACGCCUGGCAGCGUGCAAACGCAAAGAGCAAGAACCAAACAAAGACAGGAACAACUCCCAAAAGAAGUCCCGCCUGGUGUUCACUGACCUCCAGCGCCGAACCCUCUUUGCCAUCUUCAAGGAGAACAAACGCCCAUCCAAAGAGAUGCAGAUCACCAUUUCCCAGCAGCUGGGCCUCGAGCUGACCACCGUCAGCAACUUCUUCAUGAACGCCCGGCGCCGCAGCCUGGAGAAGUGGCAGGAUGACCUCAGCACAGGGGCCUCCUCGGCUACCUCCAGCACUUGUACCAAAGCCUGACAGAAGGACUCUCAGUGGGGCACAAGUCACCUCCAAACAAGGAGGACAACAGAUACCAAAAAGAAAACACAGAAAAAAAAAAAAAAAAAACCAAACACUGGAUUCUUAGCUGGGGCCCUUCACUGGUGAUUUGAAAGCACAAUUCUAUUGAAAAGAAACUUCUAUUCUAGCUGUAAUCAUAGGCCAGGUGUUUUCUUUUUGUUUGUUUAUUUAUUUGUUUGAAUGGCUAUGGAGUCCAAGUGCAAACUGAAAAAUCCAUCUCUUUGAACUGGACAUCGUCCUCUGAGCAUGCUAAGCACCCAAGAAACGCAAACGGAGUCUUCCUGGAGCAAGUUGAUUUCUAGUGGUGUGUCAAUCAAGUUCAGGAUUGCUUCAAAUAUCAACCAAAACCAACAGUCCUCACUCAGUCCUGUCAGCCUCUUGUGGUCAAAGCUCCCACAAGUAAUAGUGGGAACUUGGUCUGUAUAAGGACUCUUGAGUUUGUCCUUUCAAGAUGCUACAAUAACAGAAGAAUCUAGCAACAAGAAUGACUUCAUUUGCUUUCCAAGUGCUUAGUCUCAUCAUACCACAGAGCACCAAAGUUCACAGCCAUAACAUUAAAAAACAAAAAUCAGAAUGAUAAUUACUGAGCACAAGUUUUAAAUAUGGAUGUUAAAAAAAAAAAAAAAGAAUUCCAGAGACCUUUUUUUUUUUCCAACUCAGGCAUACUUUUCAUUAAAUGAUUCAGAAAGUUUUAAGUUAAUCUAGUUUACAGGGCUUUUUUUUUUCUUACCUCCUAGAAAUCUCACAGUCUUGGAUCCAUUUAAAAAAAAAUUAAAAAAAAAAAAACCAAAUUAGUUCCCUUGAGCUCAAAGUAUCAAGCACAACAAAGAUAAACAGAAGUAAGAAAGGUUCUGGAUUCACCACAUCUGAUUUUUCAAGACGCUGUUUCUGAAGUCAUUAGGGAAUCAUUGGGAAUAUGGCUUCAAGCACAUUUUGCAGUUUGCUACAAAUUCUGUUUGUACGUAAUGCAGACGCACACUCAGGAGGCCAGCUUAACUGUUACAGUACAUGGAGCAAAUGCACCAUCUUAAAAGAUCUAGAUUUUUUUAGAUCAUGAAUGGAUCCUUCUUGGUUAUUAGUCACCUGGUUUCUUCUGCAUUAUGACCACCGUGUAAUUCAUUCUCUUUUAGACUUGGGUUCUGCCCAUGUCCAUCCCAUUGUUUCUCUAGCAAGAAAAAAUAAAGAAUUCAAGCCACCACCCAGUUUGUUACUCAUGACUGUCAGCUCCUCCAAAAUCUCUCCCAUUGUUGAAUCAUCCUAGCAAAAAAGCUGAAUAAAUCUGGAGAAAACACAGCACACCAAAGAAGCAGAUGACUGCAAACCAAAGACAUUUACUACUUGCCAUUUUCUAGCCUAAAAAAAAAAAAAAUACUGUGAUUACUUUUAGAAAUUGGAAAACCUCUGCAACUCCAAAUGGCAUUCAGCUCUUGCAUUUGGCUGAGCAGGCUGGCCAUGCCAAGGACGUUAGCCUAGCCACCCCAGGGAGUGACUCUGCCUCGCCAGCUCUGGUUCCUGGCUGCCACCUUGUCACAGCAAGCGGAAAAGUGCCCAUGGAACUCUGGGAGAUUGCGAAGGUCACAAUGUGCAUAUUUACCAGUGAAUGGCCCCACGUGGGCACCACGGGGGUGUUCCAAGCAAGCCAAACGCUGCAAUGAUUCUUUACAGACACUUGAGACUGACUUUUUUUUUAUGAAUUACUUAAUCGAAACCAAAGAAACUUUUUCUGCACCUACUUCUGCAACAAAACCAAACUGUCCCAUUAAAAAUGAAGGAGUAAGUAAGUAACACUUAUCAACAGAAACCACCAACAAGAAGGAAGCACGCCAGAAAAACAAAAAUAAUAAUAGGGAGAAAAAAUAGCGAGACACACUGUGUUCAAACAGACCUCUUGGGACAUUUUUUGGAAGCAGAUUUUUAAAGAAAGGGUUGAGACAAGAAAGAAGGAAACGCCUCAGUGGCUGCUGCUUCAUUUGACAACUCACACGGUAAUCUUAAAGUUGAAGAUUGUCUUUAAUUUGUGCCUAUGCAGUUUUUCAAAAGAACACGGAACAGAGCAACAGAAACCUCAACAGCUACAAUACCAAAGAUGAGGCUUUCUCACACCUUUUGUUUCAGUUCAUUAUCUCCUCUUGCCUGGCUAAAAUACUAAUAGCUCCAUUGAUCUGUGUAAAGGUAAUCAAUUUUGUUUCUGAGCAACAAAAGGAAAAGGGUCAUUUAUUUGAUUUUUAUUGUUUCCCUCUAAUUCUGUUUGAUGGUUUUCUACCCCAGCAUGGAAUCAUUCAAAACGUUCCAUGGACUCCAAGUUUUCAGAUGUUGGGAUACUGAACGACUCACUUCUCUUUGCUCAGCAUCAGGGGAGGGAAGGGGAAUAAAGGUCAUGGGUAGGGCUCUCGGUGACAUGUCCUCUCCCGAGCCACAGAACCAAAGAGUUUAUAUAGGAAUUGACAGCCUGACCUCAUGUGAUGGCUACAUCCUAACAGGGCUUCAUUUGGGGGUGGGGGGAGACAUGUAAAAAAAUGAUUGCCAGUUUCUACUUUUCUAUUAGCUUUUUAAAAAUCAGCUGUAAAGUUGCAUUUCUAAAGAAAGAUAUAUAUAUAUAAUAUAUGAAUACAUAUAUAGAUUCCACCUGACAUUUGGUGAUAACCCAAAACGAUUGCUGUCCAAAUCCA